AUGAAACUGAUCAUCUUUUUAGCUUUGAUCGGCGCGUGCGCAGCGGGAGCCCUCCCAGGGUACGUUGCGCCACAGUACCGUUACCCUUACUACGAUCAACGUGCCCGAGCUGGUCUGGAGAGGAACGCAGCUAUCUUGAGGUCUGAAAAUGAAGUCAACGAAAAUGGAUAUCAUUACGCUUUUGAUACUGAGAAUGGAAUCUCAGCUGAAGAAUCCGGUGUUGAAGCUAACGGCAUCCAGGCCGCCGGUAGCUACUCCUACACCGGAGAUGAUGGUCAGGUAUACGCUGUGAGGUAUACCGCUGAUGCUAACGGCUUCCGACCCGAAGGUGCUCACAUACCGACCCCUCCUCCACUCCCUGCAGCUAUCGCAAGGGCGUUGGAGCUUAAUGCCAGAGAUGAGGCUGCUGGAAUUUUUGAUGACGGAAGCUACAAGAGCGGUAAAUACGUACCCGGAGUAAUCGCUGCCCGUAAUCAGUACAACCGAUAUGUCCACCCCGCGUAUCGCCACUAUUAA